UUACUAUGAUAUAUAAUAACUUAAUUUCACUCAGAGUAGUCUAGGUUAGUUUUACCGCAAAUUACGAAUGAACGAAAUCUUGGUUCGUGACAAGGUUCACCUUGUUUCAAAAUCUUUUGUAAAAUGGCUACUACAGUAAUAGUAACUGGGUUAGGUCUUGCUGUGGCAGGUUUUGCUGGACGCUAUGUGGUUAAAAAUAUGCCAGUUUUUUCUCAAAGGAUGACAGAAGCUUUGAAAAAUAUAUCACAAUUGGAUUCUCAAUCAUUAGCAAACAGCAAAUAUUAUAAAGGUGGUUUUGAAUCUAAGAUGACCAAGCGGGAAGCUAGUUUAAUAUUAGGAGUUCCACCUACCGCAAGUAAAGCAAAAGUAAAAGAAAAUUUUAAAAAAGUAAUGAGUGUAAAUCAUCCUGAUCGAGGUGGUUCUCCAUAUCUUGCAGCAAAGAUAAAUGAAGCUAAAGAUUUAUUAGAGAAAUGAUUAAAUAAUAAUUUAAUUAGAUUAGUAUAUGUAUCUAAUGAAUUUUCUUGUAAGAAAACAAAUUUCAGUGUACAUAAAAAUAUAAACUAUAUAUUGCAAAUAA